AUGCAAUUAGCCAUUCUGGACCUUGAAGCAACUUUCGACUCUCUUCAUCGAGAUCGUCUUCUCAACGCGCUCCGCGCCGAUGGAGUACCAGGAAAGUUCAUUGGCCUGCUUGAUGACAUGAACCAACAAAUAACUGCUGCAGUUCGAACAGCAGCCGGAUAUACAACACCAUUCAAGGUGGUAACUGAAGUAAGACAAGGGGUAGUAGCAGGACCCUUUCUGUUCCCUUCCCCCGUCGACGAUAUCAUGCGAAGAACAGUAGAUCGGUGUCCUGCCGAUAUCAUCGUAGCACCAUCAGGACGCUCUUGA